AUGUUCUUUACUUCUCAAGAUCAUUAUGGAAAUAAUGUUGUUAUUAGUAAUGAUAUUUAUCUUGAUGAAUUAAAAAAACAAGGUGGAGAAAUUAUUGAUGUUUCUGGAAAAAAAGAAAUUGUUGGAUUAGAUAUGUUUAAUCAAAUACUAGAUAUUCUAAGAAAUGGUAUUAUUGAUAAAAGUGAUGAUUAUUAUCCUUUUGAAUUCGAAGAAAUUGUGUUAGCGCGAGAAGAAAAGAGACAUUCAUUAGAAAGUUUUGGACCUUUAUUUAUUGAUAGUGAACCUGAUUAUAUUGAUAAAAAUGUUUUGACAAUCGAACGAUUUAAUGGAAAAUCUGUUGAUAAUGAUGGACAAUAUUUUGUAUAUGAAGCUUUUGCAACAUCACAUCGAAAACACGCUUCGACUUAUGGUGUUUUAGAUUAUUUUGAUCCUUCUAAAAUUGCCCUUGGUUUUUUAGCAUAUGAUGAAAUUAAUUUAUUUUUUAAAUUUCUUAAAAAACCUCUCAAACCAUUUUCUUUGAUUAUGGGUGGAGGAAAACCAGAAUCAAAAUUACCUUUGAUUGGUAAAUUACUUAAAGAUGUUGAUCGCAUUAUUGUAUGUGGUGCAUUAGCAUAUACUUUUUUAAAAGCAAAAGGGUAUCAAGUUGGUAAUAAUCCUGUUGAUAAUAAUUCUUUAGAAAAAGUUAAACAAUGA